AUGCGAUCGACAUCAACACUCACGAUCUUGCUGGCUUGCUUGUCAGCAUCUGUGACGGCAUGGAGUGACUUCGACUACGACUCGGAUCUCUUCCCUCGAUCCCUGUCGACCCUCGACGACCGACCACCGGACUGCCCUCCUUGUUUUAACUGCCAACUUGACGCCUUUAACUGUACUCACUUUGCCCAAUGCAACACCUUCAAUGGGAAAUGCUCCUGCCCGCCAGGAUUCGGAGGAGAUGACUGCUCGACGCCCGUCUGCGGCUCGCUGGCCGAUGGUGAUAACCGCCCGGUGCGGACGACCAAGUCCUGCGAUUGCAAGGAUGGCUGGGAAGGUAUCAACUGUAACGUCUGUGCCACAGACAGUGCCUGCGAUGCGAUGAUGCCGGAAGGCCAGGGUGGUACAUGUUACAAACAGGGCGUCACCGUCAAGGAGAACUACCAGAUGUGCGAUGUGACCAACCGCAAGAUCAUAGAUCAGCUGGACGGCCGGAAACCUCAAGUGACAUUCUCCUGCGCAGCGAAAGACAAAACCUGCAACUUUCAGUUCUGGGUCGGCCAGAAGGAAUCGUUCUACUGUGGCCUGGAUACUUGCGAAUGGGACAUGAAGAGCGAUUAUGCUAGCAACAAGACACACUACAAGUGUGAGAAUGCGGCGUGCAAGUGUAUUCCCGGCCGCUUUCUCUGCGGUGAGAACGGGUCCAUCAAUCUGGAUGACUUUCUGGACCAGACCAUCAAAGGUCCAGCCACAUUUUCAACAGACUCGACCGCAGAUCGUACCAAAAGUAUCUUCUCGGAGCCGGAGAUGGACAAGCUGAUUAGUGCUGUCUUUGGAGAUCCGGCCAUCUAUCUGGCCUGCAAUGCGGGAGAAUGCCUGUACAAAACCGACGUCCCCGGCUACGAGCGGCCUGUCAAGAAGAUCAACACGCCACUGAUCGCUGGAGUGAUUGCGGGAUGUGCGCUUUUCGUCGUUGCGGUCAUCCUGAUCGUUUGGUAUCUGUCCCGUCGUGCGGCGCGCCGUGGCUACGUUCGCCUAUCUCUUUCGGAUGAUUCAGAUGAUGAAGCCGCCAAGCUCCUUGCUGAGCAUCGACCAGCGGCUUUAUACUGGGAUAAUGUCUCCUACUACUUGAAUGGCAAAGAGAUUCUCGCAGGUGUUCAGGGUGCCUCUACGCCAGGUCAGAUCACGGCCAUCAUGGGAGCAUCUGGUGCGGGGAAAACGACUUUCCUGGAUAUCCUGGCGAGAAAGAACAAGCGAGGCGCCGUUGCAGGUGACUUCUACGUCAAUGGCGAGAAGAUGAGUGACCAUGAUUUCAAGAGUAUGAUCGGAUUCGUCGAUCAGGAGGACACCAUGCUGCCCACUCUGACGGUUCACGAAACGAUUUUGACCAGUGCUUUGCUGAGGCUCCCUCGAGACAUGAGUCAGGCGGCCAAGGAGCAACGAGUCUUCGAGGUCGAGAAGCAACUUGGCAUCUAUCACAUCAAGGACCAAUUGAUUGGGUCAGAAGAGGGCAAGGGCCGUGGCAUCUCGGGUGGAGAAAAGCGCCGGGUGGGCAUUGCUUGUGAGCUAGUCACCAGCCCUAGUAUUCUUUUCUUGGAUGAACCCACGAGUGGACUGGACGCCUACAAUGCUUUCAAUGUGGUUGAAUGUCUAGUGACAUUGGCCAAGACGUAUAACCGCACGGUCAUCUUUACCAUUCAUCAGCCCCGAUCCAACAUCGUUGCGCUCUUUGAUCGGCUUGUGCUUCUCGCCCAGGGCCGUACUGUAUACUCCGGACCAUUCUCAACGUGCCAGCAGUACUUCGAUCACGCUGGGUACUCGUGCCCGGCGGGUUUCAACAUUGCCGAUUAUUUGGUCGACCUUACUAUGCACGCCGGUAACGCGCGUUCGUAUACGGAUGAAAUGGAAUCACCCGGGAAUGGUCGCGCCCGUUUAACAAAGACUCCUUCGAGCAGCCUCAGGGCUGUCAAAUCCGUUGCCAGUGCAUCCAAUGCCAGCAUCGACGAAUUUUCUAGUGGCACGACAGAGCCCACUCGAAGACCCAAGAACAAACGGCGGGUAUCCCUGAAACAGCAACAAGAUCGUCAACUCUAUUCACGCAGGAAAGACAAUGAGCAAACCCCCUCCACUCCCAAGACAGAUGAGGAAGAUGCCGCGCUGGACGUGGCGGAAAAUACCCAGCAAUGGUUGCGUCUUUCUCGUCAACAAGGCAGCGUGCCGCCUCAGAUCCUUGACGACCCAGAUCAGUUACCUCCCCCAGCACCCGGCCAGACGGACCUGGACAUUUUGGUGGCCGGCUAUGCGAACUCUUACGUGUCUCGCUCAGUGCAUGAUGAGAUUGUGAAUGCGGUGCAAGGCGCCCAGGCUGCAAAUGGCUCAGCUAACUCGGAUGCGAUGUCUGGCUCGUCCCAGCCAAAGAGCUAUGCCCGCAUCGGAUUGAUGCGGCAGUUCAUCAUUUUGUCCCAGCGUACAUGGCGCAACCUCUACCGCAACCCGAUGCUGAUGCUCACCCACUACGCCAUCUCGAUCCUGCUGGCGGUUCUCUCCGGAUACCUCUUCUACGGCUUGACCGACGACAUCAAAGGUUUCCAGAACCGCCUCGGUCUUUUCUUCUUCAUCCUGGCCUUGUUCGGGUUCAGUACCCUGACCAGUCUCACGGUGUUUUCCACGGAGCGGCUCUUGUUCGUACGCGAACGUGCCAAUGGCUACUAUCAUCCGAUCACGUAUUUUGCAGCCAAGGUCGUGUUCGACGUGGUGCCGCUGAGACUGAUCCCUCCCAUCAUCAUGGGAAUGAUUGUGUAUCCGAUGACCGGCCUGAUUCCCGCAUGGCCCGAGUUUUUCCGGUUCCUGCUGGUCUUGGUUCUGUUUAACUUGGCUGCCGCCAACAUCUGCCUGUUCAUUGGCAUUGUCUUCCGGGACGGUGGCGUGGCCAACCUGAUUGGCAGCUUGGUGAUGCUCUUCAGCUUGCUUUUUGCUGGUCUGCUGCUGAACCACGAUGCUAUCCCCAGCUCCGCUCUGUGGCUACAAACGCUGUCCAUCUUCCACUAUGGUUUCGAGGCCCUGAUCGUCAACGAGGUGACCUUCCUCACUCUGAUUGACCACAAGUACGGGCUGGACAUUGAAGUUCCCGGCGCGUCCAUUCUAAGUGCCUUUGGCUUCGACACCUUGGCGUUGUGGGGCGAUGUCAUCGGCCUCGCGGUGAUCUCGGGGGCGUUCAUUAUCAUUGCAUAUGCUGCGAUGCAUUUCCUGCUUGUUGAGAAGCGGUGA